GUGUUGAAAAAAAUAUAAAUAAAGCUAUUUAUUGGUUUACAUUGGCUAAAGUUAAUGAACAUAAACAUACACAUUUUCAGUUGACUGAUUCGGCUAAGGUUAAAUUACAAAACCAAAAUAUCGAAUUAUUCAAUGCUUAUUUUCCAUGGAAUGAAGAAGUGAUUUUACCUAUAAAUAUAGAUUUCCAAAAUUUUCUUCCAUUUCUUGAUGUUGAAUACGGUGCUAAUGAAAACAAUGAACAUCCAUUACUUAAUAAUUAA